CCUCCACCCAGCGAGCCAACGCUAAGGGGGAAAAAAAUCAAAAGAAGAACAAAAAAGGCGAGAAAAUCAUAGUCCACUUCAUCUGGCGGACGACGCGCCUGUGUUGGCUCUCGUUCGUUCGUCGUGGUGUCUCUGGAUUCGAUUCCUCCUCCCGGUUUCUGUUUUUCAUGAAUUUUUAGUUAGAUCGUAUUUGGGUUCCUGCCAUGUUCGAGCGAAUGCACCAGUGAUGCAAGAGUUGAUGAUUUCUUCUGGUGGUGCAUCCGCUGGAAUCUUGGAGAAUAAAAAAUAUUGCUUUUUGGGAUAUUAGCAAGGACGAUAAUGGAGGCUCGCCCGAUUCACAGGUCUGGUUCGAGGCUGCUCGAUAACCUAGCACGCGCUUCGUCAAUGCCAUCUGUUCCGGUUACAAGCCCUUCAGAAGAGAUCUACUCGAAAUCAGAAAACAUUCAACGGGUAUCGCUGCUAGAACGGGAAAUUAUGUCGAGACCUUUAGGGGAAACUUAUCAAUUGCUUUCUGCAAAUGGUGGAGCAGUUGGCCAUAUAUUCUCUUCAUCGUCGGGGUUAUCAAGCGAUCUCCAUCACUCGUCCAUUCAACAUGCAGGGAACAGCAAUGCGCCUUUCAUUUCUCAGACAUCUAGUAACAACGGUUCUUGGUGCCCAGACUCUCUCCCGGGGUUUCUUGAUUUUCCAGCUAACUCGCCUAUUCAUAACGGUCCAAUGGAGGGCAGUAGCAUCAUGGUGUCCGAUGACAUUAACAAACGGGGCGACUGGCAAGAGUGGGCUGACCACUUGAUCACUGAUGAUGAUGCUCUGAUGUCUACUAACUGGAAUGACCUUCUGAUUGAUACCAGCUCCAAUUCAGAUUCAAAGGGUCAGAAUCUUUGUACCCAAACACCGAUCCAGCAACCCUCCCAGGUUGUUCAGCAGCACCCUUCUCCAUCUCUGGAACUGCGACCUGUUGUUAAUGCAACAUCCUUAAACAACAACAACAACAACAGUAACAACAAUAGCAAUAAUGCAUCAUCGGCUAAGCCACGCAUGCGUUGGACACCGGAACUUCACGAGGCAUUUGUCGAGGCUGUCAACCAGCUCGGUGGCAGCGAAAGAGCUACUCCUAAGGGUGUUCUGAAGCGUAUGAAAGUCGAAGGCUUGACUAUAUAUCAUGUGAAAAGCCAUUUGCAGAAAUAUAGGACUGCAAGAUAUAGGCCAGAACCAUCCGAAGGUUCUUCGGAGAAGAAGUUAACCCCUCUUGAACAGAUUUCGUCUCUUGAUUUGAAAACUGGCAUAGAUAUAACUGAGGCCCUUCGACUUCAGAUGGAAGUACAGAAGCAACUCCACGAGCAGCUUGAGAUUCAAAGAAACCUGCAGCUUCGGAUAGAGGAACAGGGGAAGUACCUGCAGAUGAUGUUCGAGAAGCAAAAUCCGGGUACCGACAAGCUGAAGGGCUCAUCCUCGUCCAAUCCUGAGAAUGUCAUACCGGAUUCUCCCACCAAACCUGAAGAGGAAAACAAGAAAACAGCCGAUACCGAGAAAACGCGCAAAAAUGCUUCAGAGAAGCAAGAAGAAGAUGGAACAGAGGAAACCCGUAAAUCCGAUGAUGACCCGGAAUCACAUUCACCGCAGCCAAAGCGCCAGAGAAAGGACGAAUGAAUGGGGAACUCUCUAAGGUGAAAAAUUGGGUCAGACGGACAAGAAGAUGGUAAUUUUUUCAGGAGAAAUGGGGUUUGAGUGAGAUAGAGAGAGAGAGAGAGCUUCUGCUGUUGUUAAAGUUCUUCUCAGUUUUAACUAUUUUUCAGAUGGAAAACCCUUUCAGCUGCUUUGUAGAACAAAUAAGAGCAAAAUAUUGGGAAAAUUUUCUAUCUUUUGGAUGGAUGUAAUCAGAGUGCGUUCAACUUCUCUCUAGUUCAUGGAUAUUGAAAGGUGUGUAAAAGAGUUAGAUAUCAUAUUAUAUUGUAGUACUGCAUACAUUUUA